AAUUGCUAAUUGUACCUAGUUCCCCUUCGUGAUUAGAAGAAGAAAUUGAUUUCACUAAAUUGAUUUUGUUAUUAGUUCGUUUAUAUCAUAUCGAGUGUUAUACCAAUGAACUCAACGUAGCAGGAGCAUCAGCACUGUGAAUUUCCUCAGCCCUGUGAGCACCAGCCACAAUGCCCGGUACGAACCUCAUUGUUCCGGUGGUCCUCUGGGGCAAGCACGCACCCACGCACUGCAUAUCAUCAGUGUACCUCUCGAGGGACCAAAAGACUCUGGUGACCGGUUGCUAUGACGGCCAGAUCUGCAUUUGGCAAGUGGAUCCGGGGACGCUGAAGAUGAUCCCGAGGUGCUUGCUGGUCGGGCACACGGCACCUGUCACUUGCUUGUCCAGGGCUUCUAUUGUACAGGACAACAACUUCAUAGUGAGCUCAUCGGAAGCUGGCGAGAUGUGCACCUGGGACCUGGUGGACGGCAAGUGUCGGGAGAGCGUCAAGCUGACACAGAUACAUACCAAUAUACAGGCGUACCACAUGUGCAACAGUGAGGAUCUUCGGCUGUUCUGCAACGGAUACUACGCUGAGAUCCUGAUCAUGGAUCCGUUCUCAUUGGAGAUCAUCUUCUCGCUCAGCUCCAAGAUGAAUCCUGACUGGAUAUCCGCUUUGCAUGUGCUGAGGCCGUCUUCUCGCAAAGAUGAUGUUGUUCUAGCUAUUUCCAUCACUGGGACCGUUAAAGUGUGGUCUCUUCUUGGACACGAGAACAAGCAAUCGGAACCUAUAUAUGAGAAUGAAUCGAAACAGAUAAGAUGUCUAAACGCCUUGUCCUUGAACUGCUGCGCUUACAACCAGCGCACUGUGCUGAUCGUGUGCGCGAAGUACUGUCAGAUUUAUGACGCCGGCGAUUUCUCAGUGCUAUGUUCGAUACAAGCGCCAUCCGGUGAACGCUGGAUGUCCGGAGACUUCCUGGCUCCUGACAGGGUCCUGGUCUGGUCUACCGAAGGCAAGGGAUACAUGUACAAGUUGCCAGCUAAAGCUUGUGUACCCCAACAAGUUGACAAGCAGGAGUGGGGUAUAGAAAAAUCGCUGACAGAAAAUGUCACACCUGUAUACAAACUGCGCGGAAAGGCUAUAUAUAGUUCGGUGCCGGAUCACAAAGGCUUUCAUGGACCAACCGUGGACCAUGAUAGUCCAGUACUGUUCAGUAUAUUGUCCCAUCCUGAUAUUAAGCUCCUGUCGUGUCCGCCCGCCAUGCGUUUCGUUAUAACUUCUGUUGGUGGUAAACAACGUCGAUUGUUACUCCGCGGGGACUCUCAUGGUGUGGUCUCGUUGUGGAAUGUGGACGACGCAGCCACCCCUUUUGCGGAUAAGGUUCCAUGUCACGCUCCUAUUGUAAACACGAGCUUGGAUAUGGCGUGGGCGGAGAUGAACCCGAGCCCCGUAGGCAUCUUAGACCAGUUACACCACCCCGAUGAACCAGAAAUCAAACUGACCGCGUCGAUAUACCUCCUCGCCGCAAAUAGGCUAGUGGUGGGCCGUGAGGAUGGAUCAAUAGUGAUAGUAAAUGCCACACAUACGGUCCAGUUGCAGUUGCUACACGGGUCUCACCAGCAUCUCGACGACUGGCCCCCUCAUCAGCUGCUUCUCGGUCACAACGGUCGAGUCAAUUGUCUACUUUAUCCACACCACGUUCACCAAAGAUACGACAAAGCGCACCUAGUCUCAGGUGGUAUAGAUUUCGCUGUCUGCGUGUGGGAUCUAUUCAGUGGUUCCCUAUUACACAGAUUCUGCGUACACGCAGGCGAAAUCACCCGUCUGAUAGUACCACCGGCUAAUUGCAGCCCAAGAAUCCAAAAGUGUAUCUGCUCAGUUGCAUCUGACCACAGCGUGACAUUACUAAGUCUAACAGAACGGAAGUGUGUAACGCUCGCGUCCCGCCAUCUGUUUCCUGUUGUGAGCAUAAAAUGGCGCGUCGCAGAUGAUUUCAUGGUCGUCGCUUGUAGUGACGGCACCGUCCACGUAUGGCAAAUGGAAACUGGCCAUUUGGAUAGAGUUCUACACGGUAUGAUAGCUGAAGAAGUACUCGCUGCUUGCGAUGAAGCCCUAGCUGACGACUUGGGCGGCUCCCUGUCGCACGGGUCGAGUGACCUGCAGGGCUUGGCCAACCCGGCCGUGCAUUUCUUUAGGGGACUCCGCCACCGCAAUUUAACAGCAAUGCGAGCGGCGACCCAACGCGGUCUAGCUGCUUUACAGUCCCAGGGCGGGGCGGGUGGCGCCGGUCCUUUAGCGGAGCCCUCGCGGCCGCGCCGGGCCAUGCUCACUGUGCAAGGAUUCCGGUCCAAUCCUGCUGACCCAGAAAGCCACAUAUUAUUCUUCGACAUCGAAGGCCUGAUAGUGGAACUGUUGAGUGAAGAAUAUUCUGCCAUGAGCCCAGCCAGUUUGGAGGAGGCUGGCCUAGUGACCAGUGAAUAUAUGACAUUAGCGGCUUUGACACAAUCAGCCAGUCCUGACGCGACCAAACGAAUUUCGGAUUUCUUCGGCCGUGUCAAAGACAAGGCUGGCGAUAUGGAACGCAUACUGAAAGAGAAGGACAAACAUGGUAUACUCGCGAAGAUGAAGGAAGGCGCGGAGACCAUGCAGACGAAGCUGCAGGCUAAGGCUGAGCAGCUGAAGGGACACCUCGAGCCCAAAGAAGACACUUCAGUCUCAUCGCGAUGGAGGCCAAAAGACAUGUCGAUAGCCGAGCCCCCGCACACCAUGGAGAUAGCCCAGAUCCUGAUGUCACUGCUCCACGCGUGGGGCCUCAACCCAGACCUGGACCGGGUGUGCGAGGCCAAGCUAGGGCUGCUGCGACCCACAGUGCCAGUGUGUUUCGGCGUGGUCUCCCGACACGGUCACAUGUCCGUCCAGCUCCCCACCCGUCUGCUGGAGUGGGAGGGGGCCUGUUCAGCGGCGCCUGAUGAUCCGCUACUGAUCAGCUCCAACCUUCCACCCGAGCUGAUGAAGCAGGAGAAGCUCACUAGACUGUUCAGCUCCAAACUGCACUGGGAGCUCAGCACCACGCUGACCACAAACCAUCUGCUGUCAAUUGUGGCUCUCGCCAACACCCUCAUGUCCAUGAGGAACGCGAGCUUCGUGCCCGAACAAGAAGUGGCCAGGAGGCUUCACAGACCUUCAACGCGGAGUUCAUCCUGGGUCGGCGAUGAAGAAAGAGAAGAACAGUUGGCGGCGCAGCAGAGUCACAUCAAGCAGGGCUGGUCGCUGUUGGUGACCUUGCACAGCGUACUCUUGCCGGAGACUGUCGUCGCUGCUGGCUCAAAGAGCUUCAAACGUCCUCAAGUGGAGAUGCUGGCGCGCAGAUGGCAGCACCAUUGCAUAGAAGUGCGGGACGCGUCUCAAGCACUCCUGCUAGCCGAACUCAGUCGACUGGGCCCGAAAGGAAGGAAGGCUUUAGUUGACAACUGGGCUCAAUACCUCCCUUUGUACACCCACACGGAAAGCAUCAAUCCACACAAUAAACCUGCGGAGCCUAAUCAGAAGCAAGACGAAGAAUUUGAAGAAGAAGAGGAAGAAAUAGUGCGCAAGCCGUCGUCCAUGGCUGAGCUGAAACGCAAGCAAACCACGGCGGUCGUGUUGCUGGGCGUGAUCGGCUCCGAGUUCGGACAGGACAUCACUAGUGAAGGUCCUGCAGGCAAAGGACGCCAUAAGGCGGACAGAAAGAGCUCAGUCGUUGAAGGAUUCACACUGAGCGCCUCAAACAACCUGGCUCGGCUGACGGCGCUGGCGCUGAAGCACCUGCUGUUGUCCCCCCCCUGCCCGCGGCUCCCCGCGCACACGCCGCUGCGCCGCGCGGCCGUCGACUUGCUGGGCCGCGGGUUCACAGUCUGGGAACCCUACUUGGACGUCAGCCAGGUCUUGCUGGGCUUGCUGGAGCUAUGCUCUGACGCAGACAAGCUUGUACCGUCGAUGACGUACGGCUUGCCGCUCACUCCGCAAGCCGACUCUUGCCGCACUGCGCGGCAAGCCCUGACCCUCAUAGCUACCGCUAGACCAGCAGCCUUCAUAACGACAAUGGCCCGUGAAGUCGCUCGUUGCGCCGCCGCUCAGCAAAGUGGCCAGCCGUCGCCUGCUUACCACGCGCUUCAGAAGGGCCGAGCUGAGGUGUUGAGGGGAAUCGAACUGCUGAUCGACAGGAUGCAUAACGAAGUGGCCGAGUUAUUAGUUGAAGUGAUGGAUAUCAUACUACAUUGUGUCGACCAAUCACAUCUCAAGAGUAAGGGUUUAAACGAAGUUUUCCCAGCGAUCUGCAGAUACAACCAGGUGUCCCACUGCCCUGCCACCAGGAGAAUUGCUGUGGGCAGCCACACCGGGCAACUGGCGAUGUACGAACUCCGCGCGGGCCGCUGUCAGUCGCUGGCGGCGCACAGCGGCGCCGUCACCGCGUGCGCCUUCAGCCCCGACGGCCGCUACCUCGUGUCGUACGCCACCAGCGACAACAGGCUGUCCUUCUGGCAGAGCACCGCUGGUAUGUUCGGCCUGGGCGCGGCGCAGACUCGCUGCGUGAAGUGCUACAGCACCUGUCCCAUGGCCGACGUGGCCAGACUCAACCCCGCCAGACUCGCCAGGCUCGUCUGGACCAACUGCAGGACCGUCACCUUGAUGCUGGCUGACGGAUCAGAAACUAGAUUCAAUGUCUAAAAGGUUGUGUAUGUACCACACGAAAAUGUUGAUAGCGCGAUUUAAAGUGAUCCUAGCGCCAUCUGUUGUUAGUUCUAGCAGUAUUUGUUAACUUUAUCUGUGUUGACAAUCAUCGUAAGACGAUUGUGUCAUAGCAAGUAUUAGGCUUUGUUAUAUCGUCUGAAAUAAUGAUUAGAAAAAUAAACUAUUAAAACUAUAGCAUAUUCAAUAUGAUAUAUCUAUUUAUCAAUGCAAUUAUAGAAUAUAUAGAUUUAUCUACGAAAAUUAUAAUUAGCCAGUUAAAAUUAGAUGUUGUAUGUACUGUACGUGUAAUGAAAUGUUAGUAUUAUAUUUGUUAUAGCACCAUGUAAUCAAAAUUAUGUAAACUAACCAGCUUUACCCAGAUGCAAACACAUGUUCGAUCCCGGGCGUAAUAUGUUAUGAAGUUUGUGCUCUAUUAUUUAAUUAUAUAAUUUAUAUUGUGAUUGUUAAAUUUAUGUUCGAAUAAUUUUGUUUAUCAUUUAUUGUUGUAAGCAUUUAUAUUAUGCAAUUGUAUAAAUUAUAAAAAAUGGUUAUAUGAAUA